UAUCUACGCCGCCGCACCUCGUUACCACGGCGUGAUGUCAUUCUCGUUCUCCUUCAACCCCCCCUUUGGCAGCUCUGCCGCCUCUGCAUCCACACCCAACUUGACCUCCCCUGCCGCCCCCGCGAACACUCCAGCACCAUCAUCAACGCCAGCAGUGCCUCCUGGAACGGAGCUGUUCAUGAGCGUAGUUGCUCAGGCGGGAUUUGUUGUCAAUGGAACGAGCGCCAGUUUCGAGGAGCUUCGGGUAGCAGACUAUCUCAAAGCUUAUGGCGCUAUCGGCCGGCCUCCGCAGCCCGUUCCUCAGGAACCCGCUGCUGCCACUGCCCGCUCAGCCCUCGGCCUUCCUCCUCUCUUCACCCCUGUUCCUGUACCAUUAUCUGCAUCUGUAACGCCAUCCAAUUCUGGAGGGCUCGGUCAAGCUGCACCGACCUCACCCAGCGCAGAAGCGCAGAUACAAAACCUGGCCCAACUGCCCGUAGCGCAAGCGUUCGCCCCUGUCCCUGUAUCGACGACGGGCACGCUAGGAGAGUCGUUUCAACAUAUUUCGGCACAGGGGCAAUAUUCCUUCUUCUCUCCCGAGGAACUCCGCUGCCACGCGUACGCGACUGGAAACAAGUCGGCGCCUCCAGGGCUGGCUAUAUCAACGACCGCCACUACAUCGCUGCUUUCGCCGCUCCCAGUCAGCGCUUCCCCUGGGCCCGGUAUCCUGCCAACGGCAGCUUCGUCUGAGCCCGCGUUCAAGUUCGCGAAUGACGCCCCACGAACUGCGUUCGCAACGAGCAGUACGGCGUCUGGCACCCCGGAUUAUAUGAUGAGUAUAUGCGCGGGGCAGAAUUAUGACAAGCAUAGCUUCGAGGAACUCCGAGUCGCGUACCUCCUCGCUGGGCGCGAGCUCAGCUCUUUGGAGCUCGGCAGCACGAUUGUCGCUCCGGGGAUGCCGAUCCCGCCCAUGCAGCCCGUGGCGCCAACACCUACGCAGGGUUCGUCGAUCUUUGGCGGCGGGUCCGGUGGGACGGGCGGCGCUGCGGCCACAUUUGGAGGAACGACCACGGGAGGGGGCCUCUUUGGACGUCCAAGAGGGGACACGUUCUCGCUGACCGGGGCCUAAAUGCCCGGGCUGUGGUGGUAAUGGGUCGCCCCAUAUGCUCGCCAGCGGAUAUGAAGGAGUAGGGGGGAAGGCAGGUGGUGCCAUCAAGAUAUCGACGACUAACUUGACAGGAUGAACUUCGGGGAAUUCUCAGGGGUGUGGAUUUAGUGGGCGAUAUGCGUCCGCGGGCGAGGGCGUUGAAGGUGAUGGUUGUGCGACGGCGUCCCGACGAUGGUGAUCAGCCUGUCAAGGCAGCUGAUCAACAGCUUUCAACGUCUCGGAGCCCUUGUCUCAUAGCGACAUGAGGACUUGCAUUUAUCUUUGAUGAGAUGAUAGGGUCUUGGGUGGCCUUGUUGGUGUCAAAGUCAAGAAACAGGGGGUUGGUUGUUUCCAUUGGUUCGUGACGUUGAUAUAUUUUGUUCAUAGCUUUAGCCAAUAUGUCGUUAUAUCCGUUGUUGUCUAUCCCUACUCUUUUGUAUCUUUGGAUAAUAACUAUGUGUCUUG